AUGACGACCCAGGAAGCCACUCCAGGCAGCCAGUCUGAGGAGAGCAGUGCCUUGGAUUUGCCAACAGUUAAUGACAUAAGAGAUUACGUGCUGCAGAGACCCCAUCAGGAGCCCAACAGUGAGCCUUUUAGUUCU